AUGCGCAAAAGAAACUCCACUAGAAAUAAUAAUACUGUUCCUGGUUUCCUUUCCAAGACCUACAAAAUUUUAGAGAAUCCUGAAUAUGUUGACAUUAUUAGCUGGAACGAAGAUGGUAAAGCUUUCAAAGUAAAAAAACCUAAUGAGUUUGCAGAAAAGGUUUUACCCAAAUACUUCAAAACUAAUAACUUUGCUUCCUUUGUGAGAUAGCUUAACAUGUAUGAUUUCCAUAAGUUGAGACAUGAUAGCGAAGAAAACGAAUGGAGACAUCGUCUUUUCAGAAGAGGUUAUCCAAAUCUUCUCUGUGAAAUCAAAAGAAAAAUAAAUGAAACUUAGAUGUAAGAUGCUGUUGUUACUCAAAAAGAGUAAAAAAAAAUAACAAGUGAUACUCAAUAUCUCUUAAAAGAAAUGGUUACACUAAAAUAAAAGCAAGAAAGUCUUGAAAAGGCUUGCUCAGUUUUAAUUGCUUAAAAUACUCAAAUUUUAGGAGAAAAUAAGUUAUUAUGGGGAGAAAUCAACAAGAAAAAAGAGAAGUCUUAAAAGAAGAUUGAAAAGCUACUUAGUUUAGUUUUAAAUUACAUUGGACCAAAGCAAAUCCCAGAGUUAGCCUUUUUAAAUGGAAAAAAGCCCAAUGAUUAUUUGAAGUAAGAAGAUAUAUCAGAUAAUGAAAAUGAUGAAUAAAACGAUAUAAUGAAUGGUGCUAACAGAAGUAAUUUAGCUAAUUCAAAAAGAUGGGAAGGUAAUGACAUAGCUAGUAGUUUAAAUGGAUUCUAAUUUAACAAUAACAAUAAUAUAAAUGACUUAAAUAGCAGCUUCAAUGGCGGUAACAUGAAUGCAUCUAAUCUCUUAAGUAGUUAAAAUGGAAAUUAGUUGUAAAUGGUUACAAACGGAUAGUAAUUUGCUCAAAAAUUUAUUGAUAAGCUUAUGUCUAACUUAAAGAACAAACACGAUUCUAAAAAAAACCCUGAUAAUGGAUAGUAAAAAGGCCAACAAAUAACUAAUUUUGUUGAUAGCUAUCAUAAGUAAAACUAAGACUUACUUUCUAAAUUAUAAAACUUUAUGACUAGUCAAGGAGGCACCUAAGAUUUAAGCAGCUUGGAAUUAAAUAGUUAAAUCAAUCAAGCAACAAUGAAUCCAAGCAGCUCAACUGAUCUACUUUAGAAGCGCGGCUUAAAGAAGAUGAUGAGUAAUCCUUUCAAUCCAAAUAUGAGCUUAGGCUUGGGUCCAGAGGAAUUAGAAAAUUUAAAUGAAAGUUUACUUUUGGGCAAGAGUAAAAAAUUCAAAAAAGAAGAUGAUGGUAUUUCUGCAAGUCGUUUUGGUAAUGUUAAUCCAAAUGCAUUUGGAAAUAAUUUUAACUUAGAAGAUUUCUUAAACAAUCACCAACAAUUAGCAGCAUCAAAUGCUUUCAAUAAUUUUGGUGAUUUGAAUGAAGCUAAUAACAUCAAUAAUAAGGCAUCAUUAGAUUUUAGUAAACUUUUCAACAACAAUGAAUACCCACCUUUAGCUCUUCCCCAUUCAACAACAAACUAGCCUUCUAGUCCAAUUAGAAAAAAACAAAGAAACAACGUUACCAACAUGUCUUUGAAUGCAGCAAAUGAUGCUUAACAAUUAACUUCAAUUCUAAAUAAAAGUGUAAAUAUGAAUGAUAGUUUGCAUGGUUUUAAUAUGAAUGGAAAUGCAAAUGCCAGUACUCUUUAUAAUAAUCCUCACCAAUAAAAUUCCUAAUGGGAAGACUUCCAUAAAUUUAUAAAUGAGUAAAAGAUAGAAGAAUCUCUAAACAAUACUCAAAGUAACACAAAUAACAGUACCAAUUUGAAUAAUAAUAGUAAUAACAAUCAUAACAUGGGUAAUAACCAUAACCAACAUUUAAUCGAUGGUUGCAACGAUGAAUUUCUUGCAAAAGAUACAGUUAACAAACUAAACGAAUCAAUGAUGUGA